AUUAAUCUUAACAUUUAUAUUUUAGAAGUUUUAUUUGUUUUAAAAUGUUAGUUUUUAUUAGUAAUUACCGCACAAAUAAUUUAAAUAAUAAUGCCAGGCUAUCAUUAUAAUUUUUUGUUAAAAGUGUACUUUCAUAGUAUUAAUGAAAUGUAGAUAUUUGCGUAUAUUAAUAUGAGAUAGUCUGUCCUGUUUUCAGUGUGUUCAGUGCUGCCCCCUGGUGGUGUGAAGUGUUAAAAUCGGUUCUAGAAUCGUUUUCAUUGACAAUUCAGUCAGAGUGAGAGCGAACAGCGACAGGACAGGAGUAUAUGCCGCGCGACAAACAAGUGUAACGUUUCUUGAGCUGUUAAAGUAUUUAUGGAGAGUGUCGCCUUUACCACCGACAGGCAUAGGCUACUUCAGGAAGGACUGAAAUUUCAUGCUGCCUCCCAAUUUUCUCGGCUGGCCAAACCGUGGACAUAAAUGCCUAGAACAGAGAAGACCAAUGUGAUGCAUCUGCACGAGAGGAAAAUCACUCGACUAAGAUGGGUAAUAAACAAACGAUAUUUACUGAUGAACAGCUAGACGCCUAUCAGGACUGCACCUUCUUUACCCGAAAGGAAAUUCUUCGCUUGCAUGGAAGAUACCACGAGCUGGCUCCACAUUUGGUUCCUAUGGACUACACCAACGACCCUGAUGUUAAAGUCCCUUUAGCUCUCAUAGUCAACAUGCCGGAACUGAAGGAGAAUCCAUUCAGGAAUCGUAUUGUGGAAUCGUUUUCUGAAGACGGCCAGGGAAACCUCAGCUUCAACGACUUUGUAGACAUGUUUUCGGUUCUCAGCGAAAUGGCUCCCAGAGAACUGAAAGCCAUUUAUGCUUUUAAAAUAUAUGACUUUAAUGUGGAUAAUUACAUCUGCAAGGAGGACUUAGAAAAGACUCUAAACAGGUUAACGAAGGAGGAGCUAACACCAGAGGAGGUUAAUCUGGUGUGUGAGAAGGCCAUUGAGGAGGCCGACCUAGAUGGAGACAACAAGCUCUCCUUUGCCGACUUUGAGAACAUGAUCUCCAGGGCUCCUGACUUUUUAAGCACCUUCCAUAUACGAAUCUAAAAUGGAUUCAGUGGAGGACACCAAUGCUGAUGUUCCUUGAUCAGACAAGUCCACAUCGGAGGAUAAAUGUCUACUGUUGUUUUCCUUUCAUUUUUGGAAGCACACUUGACAGGAUUACAGACGAAUGCAUGGCUGUUUCUUCACCAAUGAAAAGUUUGGAUCAGAAAUACCUUUUGUUUUCAGAGAGAGGAAAUGGAAGAUUAAGGCCUUUUGUGGGUUUGACCCACACACCUCGUCCUGGAGUAAAACUAAUGCGGAUGUAAACCACUUUUAUGGGCUUCUACCAAUGUCUGUGGCACAUUGGACACAAAUUUAACUCACUCUCACACUUUUAAAACUCUAAUUUGGGAUCAAAUAAAUCAUGGGACGAUUUUCAUUCAGGAAGGGACAAACAAACUGGACAAGAGAGUGAGAGAGAGGGCCACAAGCACAUUAUUGGUAUCAGCACCACUGAAACAGUUUUUUUUUUCUACAGCUAUGCAAUCUUUCUCUAUAAAAUGCAUGAAUUAGAUUACAUUCCCCACCUUUUCCUGUUUCCUAAUGUCCCUACAGCUUCACCAUUUCACAAACUAAAUGCUUAUAGAACUGGAGCAUGACGACAAUCAUAUCUAAAUGUUCUCCAGUUGAAUGAAGGGCUCUGUCAUCAUAUGUUCUCUAAUUGUCUUUGUCAUUUACUCUCCAUGUAUUCGUCCCGCCCGCUGAUCCCUCUAUCCCUUCUGUCCUAACUUGAGGUGUUAGCGUCAAAAUGUCUCUUACCUUUUUUUCAGUAUUUGAUGUAAUAGAGGGCAUUUGACUUUUAAUAAAGAUUUUCUGUCAAUUGUU